ACAUUUUCCAGAAUAACAUAACCAUACUUAGAGGCGAACCUGACACUUGUAGGAAAAAUUUCGAAUAUUUUGCAAAAAUGAUAAUUUAUCGCUUUCCCGAAUGAAUUUCAACAAUAGUUUAGGAGAAAUUGAUCGAAAAGGUCGAAGCAGUUACCGAGGAUGCAUAAAAGGUCGCAGCUUCACACCAUCAAUUAUUUCAAAAAUGAGGUUGGAGUUCCAUUGCCAUUAGAAUAUGAUUUGAGAAAACUGUGAUCUGACCUUGGUUUUUGUUUAACUAGUUGAUGGUGUAAUGUUUAAGUGUUUAAAUAUUGCUAGAGAAGAUUCACUUUUAUGAGGCGAUCAAAUGUACUAGCGAAACUAUAAAAAUACUUUAUGACUAGUCAGUAGUAUAUGACUUCAAAUAUCUGUUUAAGUAGGUUACUAAUCAAUUUAUGUACGUUUAGUGGAAGAAAAUCGAUACCAAUUGCUAAUGGAAAAGAAAGCCAGGAUAAUCUACCCCUUAUUGUUGUCCGCACUGGCUACUCUAUUUGCAUCCUACUUGAUAUUACGAGAGCUAGAAUGGGAAGAACACGUCUCAAUCCGGAAAGGGGUCUGCUUGUUCACAAGUGGUUUACUGUUUUUCCCUUGCCUGUUUCUAGCAUUGAACAAUAUCCAGAUUCAUACACAUAAGGGCCGGAAGUUUAUUCGCUCCUUCAAGCUCCGAUAUAGCGACGUGUAUGAUAUUAGUAACAAAUUGGUUUCAGCUGUGCAAGCCGUUUUCUGUUGUCUCACUGGGCUCACAUCAAUACAGUACUCAUGUACCAGGAAUAUUUUAAAAACGUCUCAUUACAUAUCGGAGGCAUACGCUUGGUUUGGGGCUGCUUACUUUUUUUACGAUGUUUGGUCAAUGUAUAAAGUGUGGAGCGCAAAGGUAACCCAGCAGAAAUUGGAAGGAGUCAAGAAUCAAAUCCUACUAAAAAUUAUGAGGCUGACGGCAUAUCUGACUCAAAAUUUUAUGAUAGUAUUUCAUCAUGUAUUCAUUGGGUGUUUCGGAUUUCUGGUAAUCACUUAUCUCCGAGGAGGGCUUGGUGACUGCUUCUUCGGUUACAUCUACCUCAUGGAGUUUAGCACCCCGUUUGUGUCUUUCAGAGGGAUUCUGUCCAAAAUUGGCUUAAAGAAAUCUAGAUGGUAUGUAGUAAAUGGCUUGGCAAUGCUGAUCACAUUUUUCAUCUUUCGAGUGGCAAUGUUCCCCUAUGUGGUCAACCUAUUUGCGCAGUCAAUAAACGUUGAUUUUUUUACGGCUGUGAAAAAGCUGCCGAGGAAUUGUCUGAUAAGCAUCAGUCUGUUACUAUUCCCGCAAAUUUAUUGGUUUCUACUGAUGGCAAACGGAGCGGUUCAUGUAUUGUGCAUCAAAGAAAAGAGUGAAAAAUUGGCCGAGAACAACAAUUUAAAGAAAAAAACACGAUAGGCUUGAAAUGCCAAGAUUAGACCUGUGGAUGUAUUCAUCCGAGUUCAAGAUGGAAAUGUCUGUUUUUAUUUAUAGAAUUUAGCGGUGGCUGUGAUUUUUUUCUUUUUUAUAGUCGAAAUAUUACGUCGAUUUGCUCUUAUGUAUUUACAUACGAAGAAGCUUAGAUUGAUUUUUAGACGAAUGUGUAGCCAAUGUACUUUCAGAUUUUUGUGUCAAAAAUGGUUUUUUAAUGUGUUAAAUUGCACUCAAAUUGCUUAAGCGUUUCUAAUAUCACGUGCAUUUUAAACUAACAUCUAAAUAGGAAGCCGGGGUAUCUGUUGAUGAUCAAAUGAUUUUCUUACACAUAUAUUUAUCUGGUUAACUAAAGGCAAGUUGAAGCGUUAGCCUAUAAGUAAGACUGAUAAAUGACUGAACACGUUUGGGUGCGCUAAAAGGGUUUGGUGAUUCAUAACUUAAAUAACCGAAAACCCAUAAAAGCAACCCGCUUUCUCUUUGAUACCCUACGCAUGUUAAGUAUAUAUCUUCCGGCAUAAUAUUUGUUAUUAAUCUCAUUACUGACAAUCAUGUAUGUUAAUUUUUAGGAAAAGUGUGCGAACAUAUGCAAAAGGUUUAAUUUCCAUAGUCCUUGACUAUACUUCCAAGAUUGUUGUUUACUUUUACCGAAUUUUAGAAAUGUAUUUAAAUUUAUUACAUUGUCGUCUGUGUAGGCAAGAAAGUAUUAUUUUUGCACAUUUUAUUUGAUUGCAUCCAAAACUACGCACUGCAUUGACUUAAAUUCUCUAGCCAUUUUAAUUGCAUCAUUAUGUGACUUAACAAUGAUUUCGAAGUGCAGUUAAAUGCCUUCGAAAGGAAACUAAGCAGUUUUAGCUCUAAAAUGUGGUUGUACAUCACAACUUAGAACAGAUCAGAACUAUGAAACAAAAUAUAUUUUCGCGAAUUUUCCAGCUAUACUGCAUAUAUUUUUAUAAAGUAAUUGUGACCGAUACUCAGAUUAGAGUUGAUGAGUUAUUACACUGAUAUAUUAAAGAAGUUUUAAAACAGUGUUACAUCAGAUCGUGCAAAGGGUUCUCACUUGUGUGUCUUCAUUAUUUAAGCACCCAGAUCAUUCGUUAGUGCAUGUAAAGGACCCCUCACUGACUUGCACGCUUUAAAUGUUAUAAAUGUAUACAUAGUAAGUGAAUUAUUUGGGUGAAAUAUUGUGUACAUUGUAAGUGAAAUAAGAAAUUUUAAUAGUACAGUUACUAUAGGUAGGUUUUAAUGACUCUUUUCUAGUGACUGUAAUUUAGUGGUUUUUGAAACAAUUUCAGAAACACCUAACACAUUAUGCGAUUGCUUUAUCUAAAUGGACAUUUAAAGUAAGUUGUACAAUUACGUUAUUAUAAGUUUUCCUUAGAGCAAGAAAGGUUAUUAUUAAUUAAUGAAAUUAUAACAGUUUUUUUUUAAUUAAAUUAUUUGGAAGCUCUUUAGGUUGGAUCAGGUAAACAGCAAGCGACAUUUUAAAUAUUAGGAAAUUUUAUAAGCGAAAACAAUUUUUUGUUUGUUUCAAACCAAGUGGUUUUGGUCAAAAUAUGUAAGGUAAAAAAUGGUAAAUGUGUUAGGUUUGCUAUUAAAAUUUGUUUUUUUUACAUAAAAUUUUAUUUUGUGAUGUCUAGGAAAUAUUUCUUACAGUAAAUAUGUUGUUAUUAGAAAUUGUGUCAAUGUACAAAAUAAAGGAGCGGAUUGAUCUCGGAA